AACAGGAGAGUGGAGAGGAGGGGAUGGAAGACCAGGGUGUCAAUGGUCCUUGAUUAGGUUGGCUGUUUUCCCAGUGCAACAUGAAGAGUAGAUGGUAUAGAGUUGGAGGAUUGUUGAUGCUACAGUUAUUCAGGAUGACAGCCAAACACUACCUGCCUGUGCUUAUCAAUCAGCUUGUCCUCUUUAUUGUACUAUCAUGCUGUGCUGAUAUAUCGGCAACACAAAGCAGCCACACUCCACGGCUACAAAGUAAAGAAUUUAUCAGGGAAGAUGAAGCUCUCAGUUUCUUGGGACGUCGUAUUCUAUACAAUCAGUGGGAUUUUGAGAUCUUCACCCAAGGAAAUCUUGAAAGAGAGUGUUACGAAGAGAUUUGUAACUAUGAAGAAGCACGAGAGGUUUUUGAAGAUGAUAAGAAAGCAGUUAACUUUUGGAACGUAUACACAACAAAGGGCCCUUAUGCUCAGUCAGGAGGACUGAAGAAAAUAGCAUUAGCCUUAUGCCCAUUCCUGAAAACACAAAGCCAAUUCUACCUUCCUAUGAGCAAGCACUUGUGGCGACUGGGCAGCAUGAUGCUUCUCCACCUCCCUACCAGCGGUCAUCUUCUGCUUCCUGAAAAUCCCAUCGCUUCAGAACAUGAAUAGACAAAUUAGACUUGAUUUUUUAAAAUGGCACUAAUAGUAAACAUUUAUAUUCAGUGCGUAUUUUAAUAAUGAAACAUGCACUAUAAAAUUAAAUUAAUUAUUGUUUGUAUUUUGAAUAUGUGAUAUUUGUAUGAUAUUAAUCUAUGUGGAUGUAAAAUUCUUCAGAAAUGAUACAAAAUUGUUGGUUUAUUUUUCAUACUUUAACCUUUAUAAUACACUUUCUUAUUAUAUCAUAUGAAGGAAUAACAUUUUAGCUAAUGCAGUUAUAAAUCCCACAAACUACUGACCUUCUCGGCAGUUUGGCAGUAGCACAUCUCAUUGCUUCCAAGAUGCAGGAUUUUUAACUCCAAGGAUAAUUUGAAAAAUGAAAAUAUUUGUAUUGGGCUAAAUAGGUCUGAGUACUUAAGCAUUUGUCUUCCGUAAUGUCUCUUAGACAUAAUUUAUAAAUACGCUAGAUAUAAUAUUUUCCUAAAAAUAAAUCAUCUACUGUUCUAUGUUGGUCUAGCAGUUCAAUCAGCCAAAUCAUGGUCGGUCUCAAAAUACUGGCUUUGAAAACUGUUUCUUAUUAAAGAGGACACUAAUCCUGGAAUCUUGAGUGUUAAUUACUUAAUUGGCUGGUACUUCAGAUCACCACAUAUCAACGUCUCUUUCAACCAGUACCGGUCUUCAAAUGUGACUAUCAAAAUCAAUAUAGAUCUGCAUUCUUAUCAUCUGAACUUAUCAUCCAAACUUGCAGUCUCCCUGGCACUUCAGAUGGUCCUGUAACAUUUCAACAACAACAUCAAGGGCUGAAGUUGCAAACUAAUCUGCAAGAGGAACAUAGUAGGCCGAGCAGUAUCUUUGCGAGGGGAAACAUAUUGGAAAUAUUUCAAUCACGAGCCUGUGUCAGGUCUGAAAUUCCUUUCCACUGCAAAUUCUGCUCGACCUGGUGAGUUCCUCCAGUUGAUUCCAACAUUUCCAUUCUAUUGUGCCUCCAACAACGACAGGCUCAGGAGCAAAUCCGCUGUCACUUUUAUCAAUUUUCUCUCUCUGCCAUGUCCCGAGCACUGAAUUGAGGAAUGAACUCUCAAUAUUUAUCACAUUCACAGCCACUUUGAGAAACUAGCACACCAGUUUACUUGGUGUCCUGAAUUUAUGUACCAAAUGGACUUGUUAUAUUCUGUAGUACACUUUAUGCCAUUUAUUCAAUAUUUGUUUGUUCCUGUGAUGUCAGAGUCUUAAGUCUAAAGAAAGCUGUGGGCUUUGCAUUAAGUACCAAUUCAAAACAAUUGUUGAAAGAUGGACCACGGGUUUUGACAACGGAUUACUAGAAUGCAGAACACAGAAUGUGGAAUAAUAUUGCACAAGCCCUUCGACUGGUGUCUGUGUUGAACUUACCUACUUAAACUAAUCCCUUCUGCCUGCACAUAAUCCAUCUACCUCCAUUCCCUGCAUACUUGUGUGAAGCAUCUAGUCAUAGAAAAGGUGGUGAAGUUAGAAUAAUUACUGCUUAUUAAUUCUGCUCACAAAUAUACUUCAGGUGACAAUGGGUCCAAUACUUGAAUUGAUCCUGACUUUCUGUCCAAUGCAGAAAUUUAGUUAGACAUAUU